UAUUAUUUCAAAUUGUGCAAACACCGCAGAAACCUCUCCCGGGCUCUGGCGCGCUCUGCCUUCAUCUCAGCUCAUCUGCCACAUCUGAAAUGUGAUUUCUACCAUCUGGUGCCCAACCCUCCACCCCCAGCAUGGCCCCAGGACCUUGGGGAGGAAUGCCACCAGGCAAAGGACAGAUGACCCCGCUGCUGCCCGCCCCGAAGGUCUCCGUGCCCACCCUGCAGGGCGCCCAUGGGGGCUGCGCCCAGGCCCCGAAGGGUCCCGGCUCGCCGCAGGCUCGCAGCAAGAAGAGGAGCCGAAAGCACCAGCGGUUCAUGGCGCGCCGGGCCGUGCUGGAGCGGAAGGGGCUGCUGAGCCCCCACAGGCACCCGGGCAGUCAGAGCCCCGAGGCGGGGCUGGAGGCACACACUGAACUCACCGAGAGCUGUGACAAUGUCCCCAAGGCCAAGCAGACCGUGUCCUCAUCGCUGUCUCUAUCUGCCUCUCCGGACAACAUAGCCAGGCACCACUCCGUGCUGCUGUCCCAGGGGAACGGCAGCUCCGGGAGGGUGAGGACGUCCUCCCUGGUGCUGCGCCCAGGCAAGUACGUGGCCAUCGACUGUGAGAUGGUGGGCACGGGCCCUCAGGGCAAGCUGAGCGAGCUGGCACGCUGCUCCGUGGUGAACUACGACGGGGAUGUCAUCUAUGACAAGUACGUCCGGCCCGAGCUCCCCAUUGUGGACUACCGGACACGCUGGAGUGGCAUCACCAAGCAGCACAUGAAGAAUGCAAUUCCCUUCAAGGCUGCCCAGGCUGAGAUCCUGAAGAUCUUGAAAGACAAGAUUGUGGUAGGACACGCCAUCCACAAUGACUUCCAAGCCCUGAAGUACUUCCACCCGAAAGACAGGACUCGAGACACCAGCCAGAGCCCUGCGCUGAAGAAGAGGGCAGGGCUGCCCAUCAGAGCCAAUGUCUCCCUCAAGAACUUGGCCAGGCACCUGCUCCAUAAAAAGAUCCAGGAGGGCUGCAAAGGACACUCGUCGGUGGAGGACGCCCAGACAGCCAUGGAGCUGUACAGACUGGUGGAGGUGCAGUGGGAGAAGCAGCUGGCCCACAGCCUGCCCCCCCGGCCCCCCAGCCCUGUCACAGACCCUGCUGCAGACAGCAGCCAGUACCUGGAUGACCAGUACUGGCCCACAGAGCUGAUGGCAAGCAGCCUGUGACGGGGACAGUGUCCUCUGUGUGUUUUGGGCCAUCCUGGUGCCUUCAGCUGUUUAAGGUGGAGGUGUCUGCUGAUCUCCUCCCCUGGGGCUUGUGCCCAGCACUGCUCUGCUCGGGGAUGGAGACAUGGUGACACCUGGACACAAGCAGUCUCCCAAAAAUGCUGUCUGCAGCCUUGAGCUGUCACACAGACUGUGCUGUGUUCAUCUGUCACUUGGGGAUGAGCAGGGUCCUGUGUCAGCCUGGAGGAGCCUCUGUGGGUGUGUAAUGGGGGCUGCCAACACCCUCCAUGCCUUCUGUGGGGUUCUCCUCCUCCCAGACAGCAAGGGGCAAGUUCUCCUGUGCAGGGACUGAGGUGUUUUGCUGAUAUCCAAAGGCUGAGAACCAUCUGUGCCAGUAAACAGACAGUUUGCUGCUCAUUUUCUUGGACAGAAUCAUAGAAUGUGCUGAGUUGGAAGGGAUCCAUCAGGAUCACUGAGUCCAACACCUGGCCCUGCACAGGACACCCAAAGAAUCCCAUCAUGUGCCUGAGAGCUUUAUCCAAACACUCCUUGAACUCAGAUGUGCUUAGUGCUGUGAGCACUUCCCUGGGGAUCCUGUUCAGUGCUCAGCUCCAGCUGUGUGCUGAAUAUUUUCUCCAGAAGUGUACUGUGAUACGGUAUCAAAAGCUUUGCUGAAGUCCAAAAAGAUUUCAUCACCUGGUGCCCCUUGAUCAGCUAGGUGGGAGCCCUGCUGUACAAGGAAAUCAGGUUCAAUGAGUAGGACUUUGCCCUGGUGAAGCCAUGCUGGAUGUGAGCAAUGGCUGCAUUGUGCUCCAGGUGGUUUUCAAUACCUCCCAGAAAAUACUUCCCCAUAAUUUUACCUGUCAGCAAAGUGAGACUGGCAGGCUGUAGUUUCCAGUGUCCUUCUUGCCCUUCAAAACUGGGGCAACAUUUGGCACCUUUCAGUCAGCUGGGACCUCUGUGGAUUCCUAAGACUGCUUAAAAAUAGUUGAGCAGCUCUGUAAUGGCAUCAGCAGCUCUUUGAGGACUCUUGGAUGAAUCCCAUCAGGCCCCACAGAUUUACAGGGAUUCACCUGCACAAUGAAGUUCAAGAGGAAAGUCUGGGUCUAAUCAAUGUCCAGCCUGGACAAGAGCAUAGAAUGCACUUCACUUUAAAUAAAUUAUUCACAUGAUUGUCCAAUUCUGAAUUAAAAACUCUUCUGGCUAAA